AUGGAUUACUCCAGCUCUGGGACUUGGCCUUCUCAAGUGCCAGCACCCGAAAAGUCUAGCCAGUUGUACAUUCGCGACUAUCCUCAUCGAUCUAUCGCAAUUGUCUCGGCCUCUCACGCCCUCAUAUUUCGCUACAGCUCCUCCAGCACCGGCGCAAACGGCUCCCUUACUUCCCUCGCAUCCACCCGCUCACGACCCAACGGCGACCCUGCUGCGUCGAAAUGCAUGGUCGAAUUUACUCAGAUCACAAAAAAGACGCUCGCCGAAUAUCGACCGUUGACACCACGACCCAUCUUUGGAACAUUGGGUCUGAUCUCUGUCGAGGGCGACGUGUUCCUAUCCGUUGUGACACAUGCUACAAGAGUCGCUACCCUUAGGCCGGGGGAGACUGUAGAACGGAUUGCGAGCGUUGCAUUUUUCUGCCUCAACAGAAGCGAAUGGGACGAUGUUGUCUCUCUUGAUCCUCUGGAUUCCGAGGUUUCGGAUGCCAACUCGGUGUAUGGCCAGAACCUGAGAGGGCGGGAGCUUCAGGUAGAACAUCCUUGUACGGACCUUCGGAAGCUUUUGGGAAAUGGCACAUUUUACUUCAGUACCGACUUCGAUCUUACAAACAGAUUGCAAGAUAGGACUGUGAACUCAUACACUUUUGACAUUGAUAACUUUGAUGAUUCCUUCCUAUGGAAUUCGUACAUGAUCAGCCCAUUGGUCCAGUUCAGAUCUCGUUUGCAGCCCCAGGAACGCGAAGCUUUGGAUUCGUCACGGUUCCUUACAUCGGCUAUCCGUGGUUUCUGUCGGACAAUGGCCAUCCCCCAAACGAGCGCACCUCUAAAGACACGAUCGACUGGGCUGCCAUCGUACUUGACCGUUGUUUCAAGACUCUCUUGUCGAAGAGCGGGAACGCGAUUCAACUCCAGAGGCAUUGACGAUGACGGAAACGUGGCAAACUUUGUCGAGACAGAAACUAUAUACUGGAGCCCCGGCGGGACUCUCUUUUCGUAUGCUCAAGUCAGAGGUUCAGUGCCUCUGUUCUGGGAACAGACUGCGGAGCUCAUUCCCGGCAAGCAAAACAUCACCGUUAUCAGAUCUCCCGAGGGAGCUCAGCCGGCCUUCAACAAACACUUCGCGGAUUUGGAGCAAGCUUACGGCGCCGUUCACGUGGUCAAUCUUUUGAGUGAAGGUAAACCUGGCGAGGCGCAGCUCAGUCAGCUGUAUCAUCUCGGCGUAGAACAUUGUCCAUUGAGCCAGGUCGGGGAGCACGAGUCGCAAGACCACGCGCUUUUACGAGAGACUCACUACGACUUUCAUGCCGAGACGAAAGGUCCUGGAGGGUACGAGGCCGCACGUCAGAUCCGCAGAUACAUUGAGAACUCGAUAGACGGCUUUGCCUACUACCUGGCGGAGCAGAAUGAAGAUUUAGGCGCCGACACCAAUGACGGCCAGAGCUUAAGUCGUAUGGUUGUGGUUCUCCAGCAAGAGGGUGUGUUUCGAACAAAUUGUCUCGACUGUUUGGAUCGGACAAAUUUGAUUCAGACCCUCGUUUCUCAAAUGGCUACAGAGGCUUUCCUGGGUCAUCGAGGCGAAUAUGCCACAUCGGAUUUUUGGAUGCGACACUCAACUUUGUGGGCAGACAACGGAGACGCUCUAUCGAAGAUCUAUGCGGGCACUGGUGCGCUCAAAUCAUCCUUCACCCGCUCUGGGAAGAUGUCCCUGGCUGGAGCUGUUGCGGACAUGCGCAAAUCGGUGCAGCGUCUUUAUCACAACAAUUUCACAGAUUCGGCUAGGCAGACGACGAUUGACCGGUUGCUUGGGCGGCUGGUCAAUCAACUACCUGUCCUUCUUUUCGACCCCAUCAGUGACUACGUUUCUGGUGAAUUGACGAAGAGAAGCGCUGAGUUCUCAUCCACACAGGACAUAAACAUGUUGGUCGGCACCUUCAAUCUCAACGGUCGCACUGAAGGCGUUGAUAGCGAUCUUGAUGCAUGGUUGUCUCCGGAAGAACUGGGUAACGUGCAGCCCGAAAUCGUUGCUGUUGGGUUCCAAGAGAUAGUCGAGUUGAGCCCACAACAAAUCAUGAACAGCGACCCUUCGAGAAAACAACUCUGGGAAGCUGCGGUGAGAAGGUGCCUCAACAAACGAGCCAAGUCGCUUGAUGGAGAAAGAUAUGUGUUGCUCCGGAGUGGACAACUCGUCGGAGCGGCGUUGUGCAUCUUUGUCAAGGCAUCAGCAUUGGCCAACAUUAAGAACGUUGAGGGAAGCGUCAAGAAGACAGGGCUUUCGGGGAUGGCCGGCAACAAAGGCGCGGUUGCUAUACGAUUCGACUACGCAAAUACCCAUAUCUGCUUCGUGACAGCCCAUUUGGCUGCCGGGUUUUCGAAUUAUGACGAGAGAAACAGAGACUACGCGACAAUUCAUCACGGGUUGCGCUUCCAACGGAACCGUGGUAUUGAUGAUCACGAUGCUGUUGUUUGGCUGGGAGACUUUAACUACAGAAUUGGUCUCAGCUCUGAGGCUGCCCGUAGCCUAAUCAAGAAGGGUGAUCUGGCGACACUUUACGAGAACGAUCAGUUAAACCUCCAAAUGAUCGCAGGACUUGCGUUUCCCUUUUACUCAGAGGCCCGUAUCAAUUUCUUGCCUACAUAUAAAUUCGAUCUUGGCACGGACAAUUAUGAUACUUCUGAGAAAGCCCGUAUCCCAGCCUGGACCGACCGUAUCCUGCGCAAGGGUGGGAACUUACGUCAAUUGGCGUACAACUCAGCUCCUCUCAAAUUUUCGGACCAUCGACCAGUGUAUGCUCUAUUCCAGUGCAACGCCAGCAUUGUCGAUGAAGCUUUCCGAGAUCAAAUCAGUAAAGAGCUAUAUCAACGGCGAAAGGCCGAAGUUGGAGACACGACAGCGAACCUGGAUUCAGAGGAAACCGACGAUGAGGAUCUGAUUGGAUAUGAAGCCAUCGAGCCUGGGCUACCUCCUGCCAGCUCUGACCGCCAGAAAUGGUGGCUGGAGAACAAGCAGCAGGCUCGAGCUGACAUCAAGCAACCGACGGCUCCCGAGGGCCACGCCGCAAUACUAAAUCCCAAUAGGGCGCCGAAUCCCUUCACGCCAACCGGAGAGCCGGACUGGGUAAACGUACCCAGAUCAAGACUAUCGUCCUUUUCUAGCGUCUCAACCUCGCCGUACGAGCAUGUUUCUGCUCCCAAUGAUCUCUCGUCGUCGGCAACGAACCGGAUAACGAGGAAGUUGCCGCCACCUUUUGAUCCAUCAGCUCUACCAGGGAAGUUCAACGGCCUCAAUAUCAAAGAUGAAAAGUCGCAACGCGGAGAGACGCCGCCGCCGCCACCGCCGCCUAGAAGACAGACGGGAGCAAGCGCGGCAAUCCAGCAUCCACCUUUGAUACCUUCCAAUAAAUCGCGAAAUACGACGACGACGCCUCCCCCUCCACGACCGUCAUCUGCCAUUUCCCAGCUUUCACAGAUGUCGUCACAAUCCAAAUCCAAACCGGCACCACCCGUGGCGAAGAAGCCGGCACACCUGGCUACGGUGCCCGCUACGGCAUCUCCAGCUCUGAGUAGCAACGGGACAGGUCAGUAUAGAGACGAGCCGGAAGAAAAACCACCGCUACCGGUCCGAGCCUCGACAGGCUUCACGAAUCUUGGUGCGAGUAGGGAAGGUACUCUGCGCAAGCCAGUAGGCACGCCGGCUAAGCCCCCCAAGCGAGCGGAGACUAUGACUAUUGAGUCCGGGAGGCACACCCCGAUGGCUGGAGCCGUCGCUCUACCGGGGAUGAGGGCUGGGGAGGAACGACCAAAACCAAAGAUCCCGGCAAAGAAGAAGGCGCCGGUAGACUUGCUAGACUCACUGGGCGAUGAUGGACCCAGCGACAUGGGAAGCUGGGAGACGUUGGUCCCCAGCUCUCAGAGUUAA